AUGGUAAGAACUAUAGGAGGGCAGAAUAUCUACCCUAAGGUUCAGACUAUUCAGGGCAUGGGAAGCGAUACCUGUUUGAUAAGCCCUAAGCGCGGCGGCCGGACCGGGCCGGGCGGGCCGGGCCGGACGAGGGCGUUACCUGGCGGCCCGGGGCCCGAGUCAGCGACCCCCGCCCGGCCUCCCUCGCUCCUGCCCUCGGCCGCGGUCGCUGCCCCGUUCCGUCCUCACAGCGCUGCCAUUACCCAAAGCCGCUCGCGCCCCGCCCUCCGCAGGCGCUGCCACUGCCGGGGUCGGGGCGCGGCCCCGCGGCUCUGCUCGGUGCUGUUGCCGCCGCGCGGCCGCCUCACCCGCGGCGCGGCCGCCCCCGGGUUCUCCCCGCUGGGCUCUCCCCGCGGGCCGCAGGAUGAGCCGGGGCCGACGGGUCCCGGCGCUCCGUCACUUUUCGAUCGCACCCUCCCCCGCCGGAGCAGCGAGGUUUGGUACAGCCCGCACUGUACGGCGAGCGCGGGCGGCCGCACUUCCAAGCGGCGGGGCGGUCGCCGCGCACGCGUCACCCCGCCUCCAUGGCGGGAGCGGUCUCGUCCCGCGCCUUCCCGACAUGGAGUCGUGGGGCACGGGAGCUGGAACGGCCCUCUCCCGCGGGCGCGGCGUUCCCGGGCUUCGUGUGAGGAGGUCGCCGUUACCUCAGAAGGUGGAAGUGUCCCCGUCCCGCCGCCGGCUCCAGCAGGGAAUUUCCCCAGCUUCCAGCACCCUGCUCCGGCGCGGGACUCCCCGGGCAGCGCCCCGGCCCCGGCUGCCUCGGGAGAGGGCCCGCCGUGCCCGUGGGGGCCUCGGCGGAAAGGGGCAACACAAAGUUGUUGGGUGGAAGUAACAAAGUAG